CGAAAUGUCAGAAACCUCGUGGUAUGUAUCGACGGCACAGCUAACAAAUUCGAUACCAAGAAUACGAAUGUCGUCCAGCUAUAUAGCUUCUUAGUCAAAGACAAGUAUCAGCUCACUUACUACAACAGCGGCAUUGGGACAUACGCUACGCCGUCGUUCAAGUCAUGGAGCUGGUGGAAGCAAGUAGUUGGUCACAAGAUUGAUCUUGCCAUCGCCUGGAGGUUCGAGAGAAUUAUCAUAGGCGCGUACCAGUGGCUCUCUGAGCAGUAUCAAGCUGGUGAUCGCAUAUAUUUAUUCGGAUUCUCCCGAGGGGCAUAUCAAGUGCGCGCUCUGUCGGCCAUGAUAGAUAAGGUCGGCCUCAUCCACAAGGGAAAUCAGGCGCAGAUACCGUUCGCGUAUGAACUUUAUGCAAGCAUUGAUGAAUCGAAUCGGGACCCGGACCCCUCCUCCGUGCCUAUGGACCGACAUUUCAAGGAGACAUUUAGUAGGGAUGUCAGGGUACAUUUUGUGGGCGCCUGGGACACGGUAUCUUCUGUUGGCUUUUUCAGGGGAAAGGAUGCCCCAUUCACCGCCUGUGGGAUGAAGCAUGUGUGUCAUUUCCGCCAUGCACUUGCGCUCGAUGAGCGUCGGGUCAAAUUCCAGCCUGAGUAUGCCUACGGUGGAGUUCACCGUGUCCAAGUACAAGAACCUCUCACAGAGCCAGCCGAAACGGAAUCCCAUAAGAAUCGAGUACCACAUACCAAGGAAGUUUGGUUCGCCGGCACUCAUUCUGAUAUGUGA